AUGGCAUCUCAAGUAGCAAAAUCUUUACUAAAAGUGUCCUGUCCGAGCUCAACCGUGAAGUUUGACACUGCUAGACGGGCACUCAGCGUAGGAGCUGCUUUGCAACAGAAAAAGACACUCCCUGAUCGCACAGGCAAAAAUGUGGUGUUGGUUGAUGGAGUCCGUACACCUUUCUUAGUGUCAUUCACUGACUAUGCUAAGAUGAUGCCGCAUGAGCUAGCCAGGCACUCUUUGUUGGGUCUAUUGCAAAAGACUGGCAUACCAAAAGAGGUAGUUGACUAUAUUGUGUAUGGCACUGUCAUCCAAGAGGUGAAGACUUCUAACAUUGGCCGUGAGGCUGCUCUAGCUGCAGGCUUCAGUGAUAGGACCCCUGCUCAUACAGUUACCAUGGCCUGUAUUUCUUCCAACCAAGCCAUCACUACCGGUGUGGGCAUGAUAGCGGCGGGUGCGUACGACGUGAUAGUGGCGGGUGGUGUGGAGUUCAUGUCGGACGUACCCAUCCGACACUCGAGGAAGAUGAGGUCGCUGCUACUACGCAUCAACCGCGCCAAGACACCGGCUCAGCGGCUUUCUCUGCUCGCGUCUAUUCGACCAAACUUCUUCGCGCCCGAGCUGCCGGCGGUGGCGGAGUUCUCGUCGGGCGAGACGAUGGGGCACAGCGCGGACCGGCUGGCGGCCGCGUUCGGCGCGACGCGCGCCGAGCAGGACGCGUACGCGCUGCGCUCGCACACGCUCGCCGCGCACGCGCGCGACCACGGCUACUUCACCGACCUCAUGCCCGUCAAGGUUGAAGGCAAGGAUGGUGUAGUGGACAAGGACAAUGGAAUCCGCGUGUCGACGCCUGAGCAGCUGGAGAAAUUGAAACCUGCCUUCAUCAAGCCGCAUGGCACAGUCACCGCUGCCAAUGCAUCCUUCCUGACAGAUGGCGCAUCUGCAUGCUUGAUCAUGUCGGAGGCGAAAGCUAAGGAGCUCGGCUUGAAACCCAAGGCUUACUUGCGGGACUUUACUUACGUGGCUCAAGACCCAGUGGACCAGCUGCUCCUCGGACCCGCUUAUGGUAUCCCCAAGAUCUUAGACAAAGCGGGCCUCAAGAUGAGCGACAUCGACACCUGGGAGAUACACGAGGCCUUCGCUGGUCAAAUCUUGGCUAAUUUGAAAGCUAUGGAUUCUGAUUGGUUUGCUCAGAACUAUCUCGGCCGUCAAUCAAAGGUGGGCAAUCCAGAUUUGAAGAAGUGGAAUGCUUGGGGAGGCUCGCUCUCUAUUGGACAUCCUUUUGCUGCAACUGGGGUGCGUCUGGCCAUGCACACGGCGCACCGGCUGGUGCGCGAGGACGGGCAGCUGGGCCUGGUGUCCGCCUGCGCGGCCGGCGGCCAGGGCGUCGCCAUGCUGCUCGAGCGCCACCCGGACGCCCGCGCAGAGUAG